ACGUCGAACAGAUAUUUGUGAAGGGAAAAUUCUACGGUGCCAUUUGCUUCACCUAUAUCUGCAAUUUACACUGCCUUGUUCAACUGAUCGGGUUCCCCUUUGAAAAACUAUUGGCACUAGCUCUUUCCACGCACACUCCUGGGUCUGGGAUCAUUUGACACAAUUGGGUCUCCUUUACCAUCGCUAUUUGAUACUUUUCACAAUAUCCAGAUUCACUGUCACACUGGUUUACUAGCAAAGUCCAAAUAUCUGCCAUCUAGCCUAAUCGCGGCUGUUUCCUCCAGACUCAGAUAUCUGAAUCUACUUGCUUCUAUGUCCCUCAUUACACAUGCCUAUCGGUUUACGGCGAGACUAGCACCUCUUGCAGUGAGGCUACGCCGUCACAAGCGAAAUUUAGUUGCCAUCACUGCUGCGCUCACCAUAUUAUGUAUCUUCCAGGCGAGCUAUUCCCGAGCAACUACUCCUCCGGCGGCCCUUCAAGCAGCACAUGACCACUUCCGCAUACCCAGCGCCAUAGAAUACCCGGCAGAUGACCAGACCAUCAUAGAAGAUUCCUGUAACAAAUACUUUUCCUACGUAAGCCAGUUCGGCACCAUCAACACCGAUCCCCACCUGGACUACCGCUACAACCUGGCGGCGUUUGAUCGUCUGAAGUUUAUCAACGAUCGUUUCGCCGAGCUCAUCGACAAAUUCACCCACAAGAUCACGGCAGUUGUCAAGGAGGGCGAAGACCCCAAUCGCCACGAAAAAGAGCAGGAUGCCGUCAGCAAGCUUACGCGCCGCACAGAAAGGUUGUUGCGACAGCUCAUCGUCACGGAGUAUGACGCAGUUGCCCUGAAUAACGCCGCAAUCGAGGCGGAAACUGUCGAGCGCAUCCGCCGUAUUCGUCGCUUCAACCAGUGCUUUGUUCCCAAACAAGAUCUCCGGCUAGAUCUGUUCGACUGCGGUUAUCUCGAGCGGAAGUUGUUUCCGGUGCUCACGCGGCAAUGGCCGGUCUUCCAGCGUUGGGACGGUCAGCUUGUGGCAAACGGAAAUAUCCCGCACUUGGAAAAGGUUGGUUCAGGGCUAGAAAAUAACUAUAACAUAACCAUUUUCAAUGGCAAGAAUAAUGGCUGUUACAUGAAAGCCUUGCGGGACUCUUUUAAAGGCCGCGGUAUUGUCCUUUCUGCAUCUGACCUCCACAAGUCUGAACUCAUCGGUCUUAUAAAAGUCUUACGAAGCGUGGGAAACACAUUGCCAAUCCAAGUUAUGCAUCGAAACGACAUCACGAUGGAAACGCGGGUAGAGCUAAUUUCCUGGGCACGGCGGGAUGAGAUACCGUUGCCGGAGUCAUAUGCGGCGUUUGCCUCAUCUCAGGCCCUACCGCACGUUUUCCCCAAACAGGAGCUCUGGUUUGUGGACAUCUCCAUCGCUGUGACGCGCAGCCGCAGCUAUGACAUAAUUCUCCUGGGCUACGCCAACAAGCUCCUCGCUUACCUCUUUAGCAGCUUUUCAGAGACUAUUUUGAUGGACACUGACACCGUUCCGCUUGUCAACCCCGAGCUGUUUUUCUCCCAUUCUGUCUACCAAACUACCUCCACAUUGUUCUUCAAGGACCGUCAACUAGAGGAUAAGACCUCCGUCCAUACCAUCAACUUCUUCCGGACAACACUCAUUGAUGCGCUUGAGGGGGAAGACUACGAUAAGUUUCGGAUUCCACGGCUAACGGAAUAUACCCGUAAGAGCGGCUUGUUCGCCAACCGCGAGAGCCAUAUCAUGGAGUCGGGCGUCGUGGUGAUUGACCGCGUUAAGCAUUUCCACGGAGUCGUGAUGGCGUUGCAGUUGAUUCAGCUCGAACCGACAAAGAUGUUGAGUUGGGGUGAUAAAGAACUUUUCUGGUUGGGCCUAGCGGCAUCCGGCGAUGAAAGUUAUGGGUUUAACCACUUCCGAACGGCCGCUGUGGGCCAGUUUCAGCCGGCGUUGAUCACAGGUCGGGAUUCCAAUGGUGUGGAAAUGUCUUUCGGCGACGGCAGCACUGACAAAUUCGAUCCCGCACGGUUAGAUGAGUUCGCACCCCGUUUCGCUGCGAAACGCCGUGUUUGUCUGACGCACCCGGGACAUAUUAAUAGCGACGACGGAAAAACGCUCAUGUGGAUCAAUUCGGGGUUCAAGUAUUGCAAGUUGAAUCUGUGGGAGAUUGACGCGAAGAAACAGUUUUACUCCGGCUUGAGCGAGCCCGAGCUCCAGCAGUUGUACCGUGAGCCGUUCCGUAUCUCCGCAGCGAUCAUUCCACCGCUUGUCAGCGAACUCCAGGCCGGCGGUGUGGUAAACGCUAAAGGCGAGUACGAGUUCGAGCUUGCAGAGGCAAAAAUGGCAGAGGAGGUGCCUAAAAAGGAUGAGCCAGAGUCCAGAUUUGCAAAGUACGGGUUGCUUCGGGAGCGGCCAUGGAAACACAAUACGAAUGUCUGUCGUGGCUAUAUCUGGUGUGCGUACGAUGAGGUACACGGGGUGAGAGGUCAGGUGGUAGAAUUUGGGGUGAGGGCGCUCGCAAAGUUUAAGUUUUUGGGGGAUGUUUGGUUUAAUGAGUAUACAGAGGAGGAGCCACAACACUAGACGGUGUUACAAGCAUUAUUGUUCAUGAAUGUUAGUAAUCUAUAUGGUUGGUAAGUCUAUGUUCAUACAUGUAUAUGAGUUGUGAAGUGACUUCAGAAGAUUAAAGCCCUAGUUAUAUCCCAUAGUGUAACUUUCUCCAGGU